AUGACGUCAAGCUCGGACGAGGGAGAGAUCCUUGAGCAUGACUCUGUGAAUUUGAAGGCAACUUCAUCGCCGAAGAAGCUUGAGGGAAACGGUGUUGACCGUCCAGACAGACUUCGAGAUGGAUACUCGCGCUCCAGGUCUCCCGAGCACGCGAACGGCUCCAGCCCUCGGCACUACCGCUCUUCGCGCUACAGCCGCUCCCCGCCGCCGCGCGCCCUGAAACGACCCCGCGAUGAUCGUGAUCACCGGAGACACAAAGAUGAUAUGCGCCGCUUCUGGGUGCACUACGAGGACUACGAUCGCGAUUCGUCUUACCGCCGCUCGCGCCUCUCCUACGAUGACAUCGACCGUUCGCCGGAUCGAGAUCUGGAUAGGGAUAGGGAUAGAGAUCGUCCCAGAGACAAGGACAGAGACCGUAAUCGCUACACCGACAAGAGGGCUCGCGUCAGAAGUCCAUCUCCCUUCGGUCACCCGCACGACAAGAGACUGAGAGACGAUCGGUAUAGGAGGGACGAUGGUCGACUCAAAGGUCGUCCCGACGGUUCCUCGAGGGAGAGCGGACCUGAAGACCAGAAAGAACGGGUGUACCGAAAUGGCCAUACCCCGUCCGCAAGGGCCACAGUAGGAGAGGACUCGCGUAAUCCCAGAUAUGAUGCUAAACCUCGAAAAGGCCAUGCCGAUGAGACACAGCAGGCGUCGCAACAAGAGCCUGAACCGGAGCCAGACUUUGAAAAAAAGAAUGUCAUCGAUGAAGACGCCGAAAUUGAACGACGCCGACGCCGACGAGCAGAACUCCUGGCCAAGUCUAGCUCUGCGACGCCGCUCCUCGUUCAUGCAGUUCAUGCAGCUGAUAGGUCGUCUGUCUCUUCUCCAGGCCCAACCCAGCAGACAACACCUGCGUCGAUGGAUGUCGACACUUCUCAAUCCGGUAUGGCUUUUUCUUUUUACCGGUUUCCUUACGCCCGAUCACCGAGUUCUCCUCCGGCCGAGCGCUCACCAGAUCUCGACAUCAUGAACGAGACGGAUCUGAUGAAUCGCCACGCAGUCAAAGAUCCCGAGGACGAUGGACCGUCUGCCGCAAACUACGACCCCACUCUCGACAUGAAAGAAGACGAGAAACGCGAUGGGUUGAGGCACGGUAACGUGGGACUCCACGGCGAGGUCCAACCCCAGACGUUACCGCUGAAACCAAAGGACGAAGAUGAGGUGCAAAACAAAGCCCCAAAGGAUGAUGACGACGACGACAUGGACAUGUUCGCCGACGACUUUGACGAGGAGAAGUAUGCAGCCCCGAAGCCGACAAAGGCGACGACGGUCGUAGAGAAGGACACGGAAUCCCCGGCUCUCGGACAGCAGCCCCCGGGUGGUGGUCUUCUCGAAGAUGACGACAAGGAUGGGUACUACAAGAUCCGUAUCGGCGAGGUCAUGAACGGUCGGUAUCAGGUCCAGUCGAUGCUUGGUAGAGGAAUGUUCUCCGGCGUCGCCCGGGCGCUCGACAUCACGACGAAGAAGCUGGUUGCCAUCAAGAUCAUGCGGAACAACGAUGCCCUGAGGAAAGGUGGUUUUACCGAAAUCUCGAUUCUUCAGAAGCUCAAUGAUGCCGAUCCCGACAACCGCAAGCACAUCAUCAAGUUCGAGAGGCACUUCGAUCACAAGGGCCAUCUCUGCAUGACCUUUGAGAAUCUUAGUCUCAACUUGCGAGAAGUGUUACGGAAGUUUGGGAACAAUGUGGGCAUCAACCUCAACGCCACGCGCGCCUACGCACACCAGAUCUUCGUCGGCCUCGCUCACAUGCGCAAGUGCAGCGUCAUCCAUGCGGAUUUGAAGCCCGACAACAUCCUGGUCAACGAGAGUCGUAACCUGUUGAAGAUUUGCGAUCUGGGGACGGCCAUCGACAAGUCCGACGCUGCCACUGCGCAUAACGAGAUUACUCCUUAUCUGGUCAGCCGCUUCUAUCGCGCGCCGGAAAUCAUCCUCGGUAUGCCUUACGACUAUGCCGUCGACAUGUGGUCCAUCGGCUGCACCUUGUAUGAGCUGUACACGGGCAAGAUCCUGUUCACGGGGAACAGCAAUAACCAGAUGCUCAAGGCGAUCAUGGAGAUUCGCGGCAAGAUUACGCCCAAACUGUAUAAGCGAGGCGAGCUCUCCGGCAUGCAUUUCGACGACCUGGGUAACUUUCUCAGUGUUGAGCACGACAAGGCGCUCGAAAAGACGACGGUUCGGACCCUGGCGAUUGUCAAGCCCACCCGGGACCUACGAACCCGGUUGAUGGCCGCAUCGGCGGGCAUGGACGACGCCGAGAGCAGGGAUCUAAACCAUUUUAUCGACCUGCUCGAGCAUUGUCUCGCGUUGAACCCUGAAAAGCGAAUCAAGCCAUUGGAUGCGCUGAAGCACCCCUUCUUUACAUCCAGGACCAUUGCGCGGCGUUGA